AUGGGUAACUGGGAGGUUGCACUGGACUUGAAAGCCGCCUACAAGCAGCUCGCGCGUCACCCUAAGGAUGGUUGGGUCUCGAUCGUGGCCGUGCUCAACCCGGACUCCGGGGAGGUCAGCUACUUUGAGGCAGUGGCUUUGCCUUUUGGUGCAGUGAGCGCGGUCACGGGCUUCAACCGGGCGGCCCGGGCUUUGAGGCGAAUCCUCUCGAUUCUCUUCAGUCUGGCCUUGCCUUUUGAUCGGGUCUUCAACAUGCUGGGAGCAACCAUUUCCUUCGAACGCGCGGCCAAAGGAGAUGUCUUGGUGAAAAACAAGCCGGGGCGCCUCGAGGCCAUCGAAGAGGUGGUCAUGCAGUGCAUGUCAGAGCGUCGGUGUGAUCGGAAGAGAAUGUUAUCCAUCAAGGGCAAGCUGUUGUUCGCUGCUGGCCAUGUGUUCGGGCGGUGCGCCCAGUUGGCAACGCAACUCAUUUCUCAUCGGGGGAAUGAUCGUCACCCGGGCCGUGAGCACAUGGACGAUCUACUCAAUGCUCUGCGGUUUGCCUUGGAGACUCUUAAGUCCGGUGGACCAAGAUGCGUGGGAGCUUGGUCGCAACAGCCUCCGGUGCUCAUUUUCACGGAUGGUGCGUGCGAGCAGGAGGGCAACCUAGUGACGCAUGGUGCUCUCUUGUUUGAUCCUGUGACAGGACGCAAGGAGGUGUUUGGCGAUCAUGUUCCCAAGUGCUUGGUGGAGAGAUGGAAGGGUGGAGGUAAGAAACAG